AAAAAAAAAAAGAAAGAGAAAGCGUUUGGCGAUGAAGAUCAAGAACGCACUUUGGCUACUGUGCGUUCUGGUGUUACCGGCGAUAACCUGUGGUAUGAGACCGGAGAAGAAGGCAACGGCUUCAUCCGGGAGGAAAGAAGAUGACCUGGUAACCGGUUUGCCCGGUCAGCCACCAGUUAACUUCAAACACUACGCCGGGUACGUGAAUCUGGGACCUGAACAGAAGCAGAAGGCGCUUUUCUAUUGGUUCUUCGAAGCUCAACAAAACUCUUCUCGUCGUCCUCUCGUCCUUUGGCUCAACGGAGGACCAGGGUGCUCAUCAAUAGCUUAUGGAGCUGCACAAGAACUAGGCCCUUUCCUUGUCCACACCAACAGUUCCAACCUUACCUACAAUGAUUUCUCUUGGAACAAAGAGGCUAAUAUGCUGUUCUUGGAAGCCCCGGUUGGGGUUGGGUUCUCGUAUACCAAUAACUCAAUGGAUCUUCAGAAGCUUGGAGAUAAAGUUACCGCUGCUGACUCUCUUGUCUUCUUGAUUAAUUGGUUCAUGAAAUUCCCUGAGUUCCGAUCCAACGAGUUUUACAUCUCCGGGGAGAGUUACGCCGGUCAUUAUGUUCCUCAGCUUGCGGAGGCAAUUUACGACAGGAACAAGAAGGUUACAAAAGACUCUCACAUCAAUCUCAAGGGUUUCAUGAUAGGGAACGCGGUGAUCAAUGAGGCAACAGACAUGGUAGGACUAGUGGACUACGCAUGGAGCCACGCUAUAAUAUCGGACGAGGUCCACACCAACAUCCAUGGCUCGUGCCGUUUCGAAGAAGAAACCACCAACAAGACUGAACAAUGCUACAACAAUUUCAAAGGGUUCAUGGAUGCUUACUCUGAUAUCGACAUAUACAGCAUCUACACUCCCGUUUGCCUAUCCUCGUCUUCUACAAGAAAACCUAAAAUCGUUGUGUCUCCUCGCCUCCUUACUUCGGACGACAUGUGGGACACGUUGCCGGCCGGGUACGAUCCAUGCACUGAAGGCUAUGCGGAAAAUUAUUUUAACCGGAAAGAUGUGCAGGUCGCACUCCAUGCCAACGUAACAAACCUUCCUUAUCCGUACAGUCCUUGCAGCGACGUCAUAAGGAAAUGGAAUGAUGCUCCAUCCACCAUGAUUCCCAUCAUCCAGAAGCUUUUGACGGGUGGCCUCCGCAUCUGGAUCUAUAGCGGAGAUACGGAUGGUAGAGUUCCAGUAACAUCAACGCGUUACAGCAUAAAAAAGAUGGGACUAAAGGUGGAGUUACCGUGGAGGUCAUGGUUCGACAAGAGUCAAGUAGCUGGAUGGGUUGAGACUUAUGCCGGAGGACUAACUUUUGUCACGGUGAGAGGAGCCGGUCACCAGGUUCCGGCCUUUGCUCCGUCGCAAUCUCUCUCCUUAUUCUCCCACUUCCUUUCUUCAGUCCCCUUGCCUCCAAAACGUUUCUGAUGAUCAACUAAAAACGCCAAGUCAUGGCAAGUUGUUGUUGUUUUGGAACCUUUGGUACUUUUACACAUGCAAUUGAUUUGAUAACUUUCAAUUCAUGAUGAAUAAACGAUUUUCAUUUUCGUUAUCAAAUUUCACUAAAUAUAUAUA